AUGGCUGAACACAAUACCCGAUCCAAGGCCAUCGACGAUGCCAUCCUUCGCCUCACCCAAAACCAAUCUCUCCUCACCAACUCCCAAAACGAGCUUAACACUAAGCUUGAUUCCAUCCUCACCCAACUUUCUCAAAUCGACCUUUCCAACCCUCCUCAACCUCCCUCCCCCCACUCCAACUCUACCUCUUCCACCUUCCUCAAACCCCACAUGAAACUGGACGUUCCUCGGUUUGAUGGGCACGAUGCUACGGGUUGGAUUUUCAAGAUAACCCAAUUUUUUGAGUACCAUUCCACACCCGAAGAGGAUCGCCUCAAGGUCGCUUCAUUUUACAUGGACGGUGCCGCCCUCAGCUGGUUUCAGUGGGUGCACCACAAUGGCUUGGUUCAGUCCUGGCCUAGCUUCCUCCAAGCCCUUGAGACCCGCUUUGCUCCGUCCUACUACGAAGAUCCUCGUGGUCUCCUUUUCAAACUCACCCAGAAAGGCUCUGUCAAUGACUACCUGACUGAGUUUGAGAGGUUAGCCAGUCGUGUUGUUGGUCUUCCUCCCUCCUUUCUCUUAAGCUGCUUUGUUUUAGCUCUCUCCCCUGAAAUUAAACGGGAGGUUUUAGCAUUACAACCACUCACCUUUACUCAGGCUGCAGCUUUGGCUAAAUUGCAAGAGGACAAGUUUCAUGAUCUGCGCAAAGGCUCACGGAAUCGUUUUCCGUUCUCGCCACCAUCGUUUUCCUCCACUCCUUCUCCCUUGCCGUCAAUGAGCCGUCCCCUUCCUCCAUUACUCCCUACCCCUCCCAGGACCAAUUACAAGAAGCUCACUCAUGAGGAAAUGCUCUCCCGACGCGAGAAGGGGUUAUGCUAUAAUUGCGACGAAAAGUUCCACCCUGGACACAAGUCCAAAGCUCGUUUUUUCCUCUUAGUCGCUGAGGCAACAGAUGAUGAUACAACUUUCCCCUCUACCUCUCUUGUGGAUCCUGACCCAGAUCCACUUCCUUCAGAGACUGAACCGACAGAGCUCCCUUCAACCCAAAUUAGCUUUAAUGCACUUUCUGGGCUCCCUGCACCAGAAGCCUUGCGUCUUUUGGGCCUUAUUUCAAAGAAGCAGGUAACUAUUCUUGUGGAUGGUGGAAGCACUCAUAACUUCAUUCAAGACCGUGUGGCUAAAUUUCUUAACCUACUGAUGCAACCCACUUCCACUCUCAAGGUGAUGGUUGGCAACGGUAGCAUCAUCGAGUGUCACCAUUUUUGUCCAGCUGUUCCGGUCUGGAUUCAGGGCCAUUCUUUCGAUGUGGAUCUACAUGUCCUACCCAUUAGUGGAGCAGACGUCGUAUUGGGCAUCCAGUGGCUCAAACUUUUGGGCCCUAUUGUGACAGACUACUCUAAUAUGACCAUGCGUUUUAUUAAGAAGGGCCGAAUGAUUGAAUUAAAAGCUGAUGCUUCAUCUAGGCUGCAAGACAUUUCAGCCCACCAACUAAAGCGUAUUUUUCAAACCAACUCAGGUGCGGCUUAUUUUCACAUCCAAAUUUUACCUUCCUCUACUACCCUUAACACCACCCCCACUGUUACUCCUCCUUCUCAUCACAAUCCCCUUAUCUCUUCUCUGAUCCUCCAAUAUCAAUCCCUUUUCCAUCCCCCCACUACAUUACCACCUCCACGCCCCACAGACCACCACAUUCAUCUCUUACCAAAUGCCUCUCCCGUCAAUGUACGCCCUUACCGAUACCCCCACUUUCAGAAGUGUGAAAUCGAAAAGCAAAUUGAUGAAAUGCUUCAAGCAGGGUUGAUCCAACCUAGCCACAGCCCUUUCUCUUCCCCUGUUCUCCUUGUCAAAAAAAAAGAUGGCAGCUGGCAGUUCUGUGUGGAUUUUAGGGCUCUCAAUUCUAUCUCAGUGAAGGAUCGAUUCCCCUUACCCACGAUAGAUGAACUCUUGGAUGAAUUGGGUGGUGCCAAAUGGUUCUCCAAACUCGAUCUUUGCCAGGGUUUUCACCAAAUCCGUAUGUCUGAAGCUGAUAUUCAGAAAAUCGCUUUCCGCACAUUAUGA